AUGGCAGACCGCAGCGCCGCCCAUACCCUCCAGUUCGGCAUCGAGUUGGAGUUGACCCUUCGGCCCACCGAGCAGGGCCUUCAACUGCUCCAGACUUUCGAAUUUAAGCACUCCGACGAAGCGUACGCGUCGGACGUACUGGGGGGCGCACGAGGGGCUAACCGGGACAUCAUCUGCGAUUUUCUGCGUACUUACUUUGAUCAGUAUGAGGUUCCGGUCAACCGAGACGAUGACAUCGACCACGAUAAGUGGACGAUCGGCGAAGAUCCAACCAUUCGGGAACAAGUUGCUCGUGGCGUCUUGCUCUUCCAAGACGCAAUCUCCUUUAUUCUCCCGCCUCCUCACGAGGCCGACGUAUACUCGAGGCCAGCUUCGUUGCCCGACUCACUCCUCAAUCACGUCGAUCAGCUUGAUGAUAUGACAGAACUGAUCGACACUAUGAUGCCAACCGCUGCGCCUACGCAGGAUCUAGACGCCAUCUGGGACUGGAAGUACGUCGCGUGGAACUUCCUCUCGAUACAUCGGCUCGCCCGGGCUCGGCCUCCUCGACGUCCGUACAAGACCAACGCCGUCGCGGCGGCGGCCGGCCAGACUAAGCCGUGGGAGCGCUUUGCGACCUACGUCGACGCGCUUAACGCCCGCAACCCCACCGGCACUAUCUCGUACAAAGUCCUCUACUCGACCCAUUACGGCAUAGGCAUCUAUAACGCCACCAAGGCCCGCAUCGGCACCGCCGCCUGGGACGGCGACGGCGUCGUGACCUGGGCCGACGCCAAGCUGAUCCCCAAGGGCGUCGCACAGGCCGCGGACCUGGCGCGCUUCUGGGCCGCUGGCAUCGCCGAGGAUGUUCUGGGUCGACAGAGGUGGCAGGAGUCAGUGAGUCAGAAGCAAACUAUAAUUUACGUUUAA